UCUUUUAAAAUUGAUGAAAUUGAGGACGUCAAGAAACUCACAACUGACUUCGUUCGCAAAACUCUGAAAAAGAAAGGAGCAUCCUUCACGUACAUACUUGUGCCAUUUAGCGAUCCAGGUAAGUUACGGUCAAGACAAGUGAGUCACACAAUCGGCACUCUUCACGUUAAUGUGGCCUUUAAACCCUGAGUAAUACAUCACCUCCUGAAUGGGAUGCUAAUCAAUCUUUAGGAACCCAUUUCCCCAAUAUUUCGUAAGUUUUUCUGGGAAUGUUCGUUGGUACUCUGGAAAUACCCCUGAGUGGAGACAGGUGUGUCAAAAUACCUUUCACGCCCAAGUCCCAGCACAAUAAACCAGGACAGUGUUCGAACUCUGGCCUGAAAAUGCUUACAGUUUAAUAAGAGAGGGUUUUCUGCAAACCAACCACGCUGAGGGACUUUAUGAGUUGAUAAGCUUUAAACAACGUGCUAUUUUACUCAACUGGACUCACAAUGACGAGGGUUUACUUCAUGAAUUUAACUUGGUCUACGAUUUGCUAUGGAGAAUUAUAGAUAUCAAUGUGUUAUUAGCUCAUACUCUCUUUCACAGAGGUUGGCCCUGUCACAGUGACAAACGACGCCCAUCAAGUGAUCAACCCGGUAAAAAAAUUAACUGCAAGCGGAGGAGGAGAUUGUCCGGAGCUGGGAAUGACUGGUCUCUAUCAGGCUCUUCUCCACUGCCUACCUGAAAGUGUGAUCUAUUACAUUUCGGGUGCUGACGCGAAAGACUCCCAGCGUGAAAAUGAGGUCAGGUCCCUUGCGAAGGACAAAAAAGUUAAAAUAUCUUUCAUUCUGACUGGUCAGUGUGGCCGACGCAGACGCAGGCGCAGACGGGAUUUUUCACAAAGUGGUAUUCAGGACUUAGCAGUCGUUCCCAAAGAGAUUCAUCGAGUAAGGAGAAAUGCUUAAGGUCAAGCACUUUACUAGGCUCUCGCUACUGAGACAGGGGGGCAAGUCCUGGAAACUAGUAAAGCUCAAGUAGCUGAUAUUGUCAAGGUGAUCGAUCCUGCUGGUUCAUCAAACUCAUCCGUGGCUCAGCAAGACGUUGGAUUGCUAAACAUCAAGGAAACUUCAGCACAGUACUUUAGUGGAGUUGUUUAUAUUGUUUAUAUCGACAGCACACUAAAGAGUUUAGUUCUGGAUCGCCAGAUUUACAUGUCACUAAUGGUGAAGGUGAGGGGACAGAAAAAAAUGGCUAUAACAUGAAAAAAAAAAUGGCUAAUGUCAUCAUUAUUGUUGCUAUCGUAAUCCUUAUUCACUGCUAUCAUUCCCGUCAUCUUUACUUUUAUUAAUGCCAGUAUAGUAAUGAUGAUGAAGAGGAUGGUGAUGUUAGUGCAGGGAAAUAGUCGAGCGUGCACGUAAAAGCCACUUGAAAAAAUCCUUAUUCAUUCAUGCAUUUAGGAAAGAGGAAAGAUAAUUUCAGGUUUUUACGCCCAGCUUGUCCAUGAAUGAAAUCAUUCAGCUUAUUUAAUAUUCAGUAAUACUCUGUUUUUCUUGAUGGAAAUUCAGGAAUGCAGGAACAAAUCAUCAGCUCCUCUAGUAAGCUUCUAAUAAAACUUGAACAGCGGCUCGCUGAAGCUUAUUGUCAGCUGUCAGGAUCCCUAUACAUUGCAAGCUACUGGUUCCAGUCCAACAGACUUUACAUACCAGCUUCUGGACGUAGAGGACGAGGAACGAGGAAGCACAAGGCGAGUGCUUGGAAAUCCUCUGAGAGGUAAGACAGUCAUAGAAACCAAUUAGAAGAAUGUAAAUCACACGCUUGCGCGUCGAUAACCUUCAAGAUUUCUAUAACUGAACUGAAAAAUUAUCUUUGAAUUAGCCUCUGGGAGGACCUUUUCUCAGGAAAAGUUAAUGCGAAAUAUUUGUUGAAACCUCAAUUGAAAUGAUAACUCGCUGUCUGACGAUCAAGCUUUCACGGCCAAUGGAAAAUUUGAACUCAUAUUUGGUAGGGAAAAAGCCAAGUCCUUUUGGUCACUCCAUUACAGGUCAAACUUUGCUUCUUACAUUGGACUUCGUUGGUCAAGAAAUUAA